GAUGGGCUGUUGACUCCCAUCCAACUACUUUGCCAAUGAUCGCCAUCCUGAUCCACUUCGGACAUGUCGACCAUCGAAUACUCACUCGGGCCGUCCUUCGACUGUCCCUUCGGAUGGCCAGCCGAGCCGAGCUACCCCAUCGACCCCAUCAAUCACACCACCGCCAUAGCCAUCCCACACCAUCUCGCCUCUUCUCCCGAGCGACCCUCACGGAAAACGCCCUCGGAUCUCCUCCAGACGUGGGACUCGAUCUUCUCGUGUCGGUCGACCGAUCAUGACGAGCCAAUCGACCAACUGGCGACACUCCUCAAUAGGCUCUAUCUCGAGGCCGUCUACCUUCCCGAAACAUCUGCCGUCGAGCGUUUUGCAGCCCGGGUACGGAACUCGGAGGAGGGUUUCGAGGAGGAGGCUCUGCUAGGACUGUACGAGUCAUUCAUGAUCCCCGAGGAAGCGUUGGCCCGGAAGUGGGGCACUGAGAUGGGGAAGAUCGCACGGGUGUACGAGGCACGGAGUAAGCGCGUGGUCGACGGAGACGAGGAGCAGGAAGAAGAAGAUGAAGAGGCGAUCGUGGUGGAGAAUGACGAGGAGCUCUUCCAUCUCAACGAACCCGAAGCCUUCGCUCUCGUCCUCCAACAAUUCUUCAGCCCUGCUCAACCUGACCUCUCUCGUCCUCUCGCCGGCCCUCAUCCCGUCCCAGACUCCACCAAGGUCUCCUUCAUCAAACCCGACUCGAUCGCUCAGCAACUCGAGGUUUGGAGUACCAGGGAGACUCAACUGCAGAUCGUCCUCUUACUAGAACUCAUCAUCCUGACCAACCUAUCACUAGACGCAGGCUCACAGCUACUACACAAGAAGCAACUAUCGGCCUCUCCCCGGAAGAAAGGAAAAGAGAAGCGGAAUCUGGGUGGAUUGGGAGAAGAGGAGGAGAAGGAGCUGGAAGAUAAGGAGGUCGUCGCGGACCUCGAGUGUCUCCUCGAGGGCCUCGUCGACAAACUCGCCAUGUGGCAGAUCAUUUCCGGCCUCGAAAACCAUCUCGGCCCUUCCCGGAAAUCUAACCCUCGAAACGACUCCCUAAUCCCUUCUUCCGACACUCUCGAUCUGGACGACGUACAAAGGUUUUGGACUGACGUGGUUGAAGAACAUUAUACUCGACACUUGCCACUCCUCAAUCCAUCCUUCCGACCCAAGCUCUUCCCGACCUCGAUCUACGAUCCAUCAGCAUCCUCGUCGUUAGUGCCGACGCAGUUCGAUGCGACGGCGCGACCCGGGCCGGGCACGAUCCACCGGACGCCGAACCUCAAGAAACUAGAGCGACGGGCAGCGGCGCGAGCGGGGCGACAGGAGACGGCGCAGAUGCGUCAGAACGUGAGUCCGACGAUGCUCGAGCUGACCGGCCUGGGCCGACGCCGGCCGCUUGCUCGGCCCGGCUCGCUUAGCGAGUCCCAGCUGGCCCUCCAAGCUCGCUCCUCCCGUGCUCUCUUCAAUCGCAGACAGGUCACCAUGUCCAAGACUUCCGCCCACCUCCCUAAACCUCGUCCCAUCCUCAACUCUUCUUCCGUCGGCCCCCUCCAUCGUCCCGCCCAACCGCGCUCACUCUCUCACUCCCAUCUCGCGGGCUCUAAACGCAAGCAAUCUUCCCCGAAACACAAAUCCACCGCCCUAUCCAUCAAUCAGUUAUCCACCCCUCGCAAAUCCGCUAAAUUCUCCUCCACUGGUCUCGCAUCAAGAUCCGCAACCGUCUUGGUCCCUGAUACCCCUCAAAAUAACCAUCGUCAUCGUCGGUGAAACUCCCCUCGAUCAUUAGAGGCACGUUUGUACUCAAAGUUGUCCUUGUUUUCCAUCUGAUGUUGUAUCAUAAAUGAAGUGAUGAUGAAGGAAAAAGCCCGAAAUAAAAGAGAAUCAAUUUCGUUCAAA